AUGGCUCAGCAGGCUCCAGAUGGGCUGGAUGUUACGGAUCUAAAAUUCAAACUACAAUGCAAGGUGCCCGUAUUCAAGAGCGAUGGGAAUGCUAAAAAUGGCUCCAACCUGCUGGCCGCCGCAAGUUCCCAUGGGCUUGUGUUUGCCGGUACGGUGGGGCCGGAAUUACGAGUGCUAAAACUGGGCGACAUCACCACCACCGAUGGCGUAGUUAACGAGCCGGUUCCACUGCGUACGGUUCCGCUACCGAGUGAAGCGUUCCAGCUAGCCGUAAGCUGUGACCAUGCCCUGCUUGCGGUCGAUGUGGUAGCGAAUGGUGUGCCCUUCAUCUACAUCUAUUCUGUGCCCUCCUUCCUAACCGCUUCCGUCGUGAAGGUGCAGGAAAUUCGAACAUCUCCGCAACCCGGCGUACGGAGCACGCAGCUCUGUUGGAACCCGGUCAUAGCGAAUAUGCUAGCGGUACUCACCGAAGUCGGCGUUCUAUCGGUGUACACGCUGACGGAACCGUCCGGCAUGGAGUUUCAGUCACUCGCAGAUGCUGGCAAUCCGGACGAACGAGCUCAGUGUGCCUGCUGGAGUCCGAAGGGCAAGCAGCUGGUCGUGGCGUUCGUGAACGGUAAGCUGGUGCAGUUCAAACCCGACCUGAAGCGGGCCCGUGUGAUCGUUUGUCCACCGGGUGUGGUCGAGGGUGGCGGCACGUUCGAUGUACUGGCCGUCCAGUGGCUCAGCACGUAUCAGUUUGCCGCCGUGUUUAUGCCCCACAUGGCAGACUCCGUCCCGGCUUUGUUUAUCGUGAACGCACCGAAAGUGGGAAAUCCGGCGCUCGUCAACUACGACGAUAUCUGCUACAGCCAAAGCGGUCCCCGAAAGGGGCAAGUGUUUCUUCAGCACAUCCUGCCCUGGAAUCUGUUGCUUAUGGCGUCGGCCAACAGCAUGGAGGUGGGAAUACUGGGCACCACCGAAACCGGUGAAGCACCGAGCUGGUGCCAGUGGACGACGACGGACGAGGCCCGGGCGGAACUGCCCCUGACGGUGGACAAGCAGGAAACGUUCCCGCUUGGGUUCGCCCUCGAAACGGGCUGUACGCACGAGAUCAUGAUCGGGGAGCAAACGUUCCCGGUGAUGCCGAUGAUUCAUCUUCUCUCCACGUACGGUCAGCUGGUGUCGUUCAACGUCCUCAACACGCUGCCGAACGUGAAGGGCAUCUGCUCGCCACCUAAACCGACACCGGACACCUCGGGACAGUUUGUGAAGCUUGAUAUGGAGAAGGGACCACCGAGUUCGGUGCCGCAGGUGCACGUUCCUCCGAGUGCUUCGGUGGCACCUUCGUUGGAGAUAUCGUUCUCUCUACCCAACAACGCCACCUCGACACCGGCCGUGACAAAGUCGAAAUCUUUCUUCAACACCGGAACACUGGUGGCCGGUGGUGAACAGAAGCCACCGGUCACUUUGUUCGGUACCGUUUCGGCCACCGGUCAACUCAACCCAGCCCAAUCGACCGGUAAGCCUGUGACGUUUUUUGAAGCCCAGCCAACGGUCGCUUCCGCGCCGAGUGGUGCGGAGACGAAAACGAUUCCGUUUGCAGGAUUCGGUGCGGCUACGCCAGCUGGCCUCGGAAUGACGCUCGGUGGUCUACCGACCAUGUCAACACCACCGUUCCAGAGCGCAAUGGGCACGAUGGGGGGGAUCGCACCGCAAGCGACGGUUUCCGCAGCCUCACCGGCACCGGUCGCUGCUCCCCAGCAUCAGCAAGCACCCGCGGCAGUGACCAAACCCCUCGUGACGGUUCCUCCAACGUAUACACCCGCUCCGCAGCAACCAGCGGUGGCUGGUUCCGGGGCUCCCACCGGCCAGCCCGCCCGUUCGGGGACAGUCGGGCAGAAGAAGGCCGACUUCUCGAUCGAGGACAGUAACUUGAUCAUUCAGGCGCUAACGAUCGACGAGCUGAUACGGUUCACUCGCGAGCUCGCCGAUCUGCAGCAACGAUCGCGCUCGGUCGACGUGCAGAUCGGUACGAAAGACGAGUCGGCCACGAUCAUACGCAACCUGCGCGAGCUGGAGGACAUCAUUGCGCAGGCAAACGAAAGCACCGAAUCGUUGGUGGCGGACGUGCAAGCGCUGCGCCUGGGGCUAAACGAAGCGUUCGCAAUGGUGGCCGAAGCGAACAGCAAGUGCACGAUCUUCAACAAUCCGACCGCGCAGCAGUACCAGCACCAGGACACGCACGUCAUGUCGCAGACGAGCCGCCGGCAGCUAUCGUCGCUCGAAAGUAUGCUGAAAGUCAACGAGAACCUGUUACGCACCAUCACGAAACAGCUCGACGCCCAGUGGGUAGCCCUGGAGGAGGCCCGCCAGACGAACGUGCGGCAACGGAUGCACAUACCGAGCCUGGAGGUACUCUACCAGACGCUCUCGAAGCAGCAGGAAAUUCUGAACCGCCAACGGGAGAGGCUGGGCUAUCUGAAGCACAAACUUGGCAUACGCGGAACUCUGAAGGGAUUGGAAGACGAGCAGCAGCAGCCGAAUCAACGUAAGAUCCCCACCAAUGGUGAAGCGGACGAAAGCACGAUAGAAUCACUGACCGAUUCCAUCAUUUCGCUCACACUCAGUGAGCAGGUAGCGGCCGAUACGAAGCGUUUGGGUGAAGGCAAACUGAUCGCCUUACGGAAGGCACUCGCCGGCCGGAAGGUGGUCACCAUCACACCGAAGCGCCCCGAUCGUGUAGGGCUUAGCUCGGAGGUGGUGCGUGAAAGGAGGGACGAAGUGCGACGGAAUUUGAAUUUGGAGCAAGAAAAGGCGAAAACGAUGCAGCUUGUGGCCAACCGCGAAGAGGAACAGAAGAAGGCCCAACAGCAUCAGAAACAGCAACAGCAACAGCAACAGCCACAGCAGCAGCAAAAAACUCAACAACAACAGCCACAGAAACCAACGGCCAAACCGUUCACAUUCAACCAACCGACUACAUCCGUCGCAGGGAUAGCGUACUCGUUCGGUCAACCCGCGACCAGCGCUCCAAUGCCGGCGCCGGAACCGGUCGCCGAGCAGCAGUCGCCGGUGGUGGUUAAAGCUUCGAUCGCCGGUGGCACCAUCUCGACCGGUGCCAGUCUGAUUAGCAGCAAAGCCAAUGGAAGCACGGCGACCGAAAAAAAGGAUCCACCGACCCAGGCACCGGCAAAAGAACCGAAUGGAGCUCCCCCAAAGACCGGAUUGUUCAGUUUUGGCACAACGCCCAGUCUCGUGGCGUCCUCCGGUGGAUCGUCGAUCUUUAAAGCUACCGCCGAACCCUCAACGCCGACAGCCUCCGCUUCGGCCAAGCCGGCGUUCUCGUUCGGUGGUUCUUCCGCGGCCAAUGUUCCAGCGAUGUCGUUCGGAACGCUCCCGAAAACAUCGUUCUCGUUCGAACCUUCGACUGCGGUCGCCAACGGUGGCGCUGGUCUCACAUUCGGAUCGGCAGUCACAGGAGUGGCCAAGCCGAGUCAAGUCACCAACGAGAACGUUCCACCGGCGACGGAUAGUAAAGAUAAGCCGCUGCCGCCAUCGUUCGGUCCUGCGGCUGAUUCGUCCACGUCGACGAAAGCGGUCGCACCCCUGCCGGCCUUGACCAGUCUACUGCAGAAGGUUGACUCACUCGAGGUGACGAAGGUUACACCGACGAAACCAAUCGCUCCGACGGAGGCGUCCGCCGGGACGGGCAGUAGUCCCACGGUUUCGUCCACGGGGGGAACCGGUAUUUUCGGAUCCAUCGGUGGCAGCAGUCUGUUCGGUGGAGCUGGUACCGGGGGUGGAUUAUUUGGUUCCCUCAGCACUGCCACCACCAAACUGGAGCCGGCCGAUAGUUCGAAACCGACGGUGGGUCUGUUUUCGGACCUUUCGUUCGGCAGCACAACCAUUACACCGAUCGUUUCUGCGGCAACCGCAAGCCAACCGGCAGGAGGUUCACUGUUUGGAAGCGUGAAACCGGCCACGGUGGUGGCCAGCAGUGCGGUCAGCAGUACGUCGGCAACGGGCACCACGGGUCUUUCGUUCGGUACCGGUUCCCCUGCCGGUAGCAGUUUCCCGACGGGAUUCACAUCACCGAAAGCUCCCACGGUGACCACAAACGACGCGGCGAACGUUGAACUGAAACUGGAAUCGACGGUGACAAGUUCUGCUCCGGCCAUCUUAAGCGCACCGUUGGCAGUUCCAGCAAUCGCGGCGACGGUCAGUACCGUCGCUUCACCCGGCGGUACCGUUGGGUUCGGCUCCGCUUUCGGUGGAUCGCUGUCCUUCGGCAAACCGCUCACAACGGUGGCCACAAUUACGGCCACUGCAGCGUCCCCCGUAUCGGCCACCGGAACGUCCACCACUGAUUCGACCGCUGCCGGAUUGUUUGGUUCGAUAACGAUCUGUUCUCCGAACGCCACCAAACCGUCUCCGGUAACGUCGGGUAACAUUUUUGGUUCCGCCACCGGUUUCGGUAGUGCACCGAAAACACCCGGCAAUGAUCCGGCCACCUCCACCGGCAGCAUCUUCGGGGGUGGCGCUGGAACCGGUGCUGCUGCCACUGGAGGUUCCAUCUUCGGUUCCGUGGCCAAACCGGCGGUAACCGGAUCGCCGGGUGGCAGUUUCUUCGGAUCCAUCACCUCACCGACGGCGGCAACUGCUGGAGGGUCCGUGUUUGGCGGAAUGGCGACAGUGACGGCGACGGCUCCGACGGUGGCCACCACAUCCACUUCACUGUUCGGUGGUGGCGGAUUUUUCGGAGCAACAAGCACCGCGGCAGGAACAGCAUCAACGGCCACGGCGGGAUCCUUUUUCGGUAGCUCCACAACGAGCUCUCUGUUCGGCGCCGCCACCACCGCCGUAAGUUCCGCUGGGGGCAGUAUUUUCGGUGGUGGAGCAGGCACCGGAGCAAGCGGCGUUGCUCCGACAGGCGGACUGUUUGGCAGUGUCACUGCUAGCAACAAUGCUACCGCCACCGGAAGUUCAAUCUUCGGUGGAACGUCCGCGUUUGGCACGGGAAGCUCGGGAACGGCAGCCAGCGCAGGGGGCAACAUCUUUGGCAGUCCGGCGGUGGCGUCACCCGCGACGGGACUGUUUGGAUCGGCGGCAGCAGCAACCGGAAGUGGCCCCUUCGGUAGCCCCCAGGCCGCUUCGCCAUCGUCCGCCGCGGCGUCGCAGUCAAUCUUCGGUGGAGCCACCGGGACACCGACCGGUGCCGGUGGGUUCGGUGCUGUUAGCCCAGGCCCGUUCAGUCAACCGGCCGGCGGCGGUGGCACGGUGAAUGCGUUCUCCUCACCCACGGGAGCAUCCGCUUUCAGCAAACCGCCAGCUUUCGGAGCGGCCCCAGCAUUCGGCGGUGCGCCGACGUUCGGGGGUGCGCCGACCUUUGGCAGUGCCCCGACCUUCGGUGGAGCACCGAGCUUCGGUAGUCCAAAGCCUGCAUUCGGUGGCGGGGCCGCUUUCGGAGCCGCCGGAGCUGGGGCCGUGCCCGGAGCUGCGGGCGCUGGGUCACCGACGCAAUCGAACAAUCUGUUCGAGCAGCUCGGUUCCUCGUCGGCGGGCGUUUCGUUCGGUGGACUGGCUCAGCAGCAGCAACCCAAACCGAGUCAGUUUGGUGGAUCGUCCUUUUCCAGCUGGCGCUCCUAA